AUGGCGUUACCACUGCCUCAGAAUGCCAUCCGAUCGGGUCGUAGCAGUUUUCCAGGGGAUGUAGCCUUGGUAUCUCAAAAAGUCGAUGCUACCUCCUCUGCAAAUACCGUCAUUACAAGUCAAAGUAAGAAGCGACACAAUAAGUUUGACUUACUUACCAGUUUGCUUCGCCGGAACCGAGUAAUCGACAACACAAGCGAACCGAGUGAUAACACGCAGGAACUCAUCAAAAGUCGAUUACUAUUCGUUAACGACGUUAAGCGGACGAUGGAGUACGCAACCUACAUGCAGAAAUUCCACCAUGCUGAUCCAUACUCGGCCAACACCGUGCGUUCGUCCAAGUACUCGGCCCUCAACUUUCUCCCAAAGUCGCUCUUUGAGCAGUUCCGUCGCGUAGCCAAUUUCUACUUUCUCAUCAUCUCUCUACUGCAGUUGUGUACAGACUUGUCGCCUACGAACGAGUACUCAACUAUUGGUCCCUUGAUGCUCGUAUUGACAGCUACGAUGAUCAAGGAAGGAUUGGAGGAUCGUGCACGACAUCAACAAGAUUGGGUGGUAAACCACGGGAAGGUUGAAACACUCGACGGUAUGGUAGAACCAGGUAAAAAGCUAAAGAGCGCAGGAGACAUCUCGCGCACGAAUCAUCUAGGGGAUUUCCAGUCGAUCUUUUGGAAAAACGUUCGAGUGGGUCAUGUGAUCAAAAUCCACGAUCAAGAACAAGUACCUGCCGAUAUGGUACUUUUAUUCUCUAGCCAAGAAACGGGUGAGGCCAUGUGCGAGACCUCCAGUCUCGAUGGAGAGUCCAACCUGAAAGUUCGUCACUGUAUCAAGUGGAAUCACAUCAUCCCGCAUACACCGAAAGAGUUUGGCGACUCUGUACAUGCCGAAAUCCGCUGUGAGGCGCCCAAUAAAAGACUGUACAGUUUUGACGGAGUGAUGCGGAUUUCCCGUUCAAAAACGCAGGCAAUCGGUGAACCUCCGAGGUCUUACUUGGAGGCACGAUCACUCGAAAAUGGAGACGAAGAGAACGCGCCUGAAGCUGAGGAAAUACCUAUCACUAUUGAGAAUGUUCUCUUACGUGGCAUGAAGUUGUGCAACACGAAAUGGGCCAUUGGUGUCGUCGUUGGCGGUGGAAAUGACACGAAACUAGUGCAGAACAUGAAGUCGAUCCCGUCAAAGUUCAGCCGCUUGGAUCGUAUCGCGAAUCGCUGCAUUUUCCUCAUUUUCUCGGUACUUUUCGGCGUGUGUUGUUUCAGUUCUAUCCAAGCAUCUCUGUUUGUUGUAAAGGUACACAGGAAGCCAGGAUACGCGUCGGCAUAUCCGUUUAUUGCAAAAUUCCACCCAGCGUACGUCUUGGAAGCGUGGGUCACGUAUUUGAUCCUGUACAACAACAUGGUGCCGAUCUCUCUGUACAUCAGUCUGGAGGUCGUAAAAUGGUACCAAGCGCGACGUAUCGAGAACGAUCCCAAGAUGUACUGCCCCACUACAGGUCGGGGCGUGACGGCACGUACGUCAAACGUGAACGAAGAUCUGGGCCAGAUCAAGUACAUUUUCAGCGAUAAAACGGGGACGUUGACCAAGAACCAAAUGCUUUUCAAAGUGUGCAGUAUCGGCGGAAUAAUCUUCGACGGGUCCAACAUGCAGCAUCGUCGUGCAGCUCAAGCUGGCAGUGAUGAUCUGUCUAUUGGAAGUGAUAUGAUGCUCAAGUUUGGCUCUGCUUCUACUGUUCGAGGGAGCAGUACGGGCAGAGAAGGCAGCGCGGAUGGGAGACGCAAGUCCAAGCACGUGUCCGUGACUGAAAAGGACGUUCGAUCGUACUCUCAGAUGAUGAAAUUUGUGGAAAACCCCUCCCGAUUUUCCGGUAAAGAACUGCAUGCUGUGGAGUUAGCACGGCCAUUUUUCCGCUGUUUAUUGCUGUGUCAUUCAGCCUCGGUGGCGAUCGAAGAUCCCUCUGGUCAUGCUGACGCACAUAGCACAGCAAGUCGAACACCAACGGAAAGCAGCAUACGAACUGAAAGCCGACGCCACAGUGCCGGAUACAAUUCGUUUACGAGCAAUCUUGCGGCUGCAGAAGCAACCGAUGCGUUUCCAUCCCUUAUUAAGGGUGACCAUAAAUUCUUCGGUUCUUCCCCCGAUGAAGUUGCGCUCUUGAAUGCUGCACUGGAGUUUGAUUGUGUGUACGAACGACGUGACGGCGAUGUUAUCCACAUCAGAUUAUUCGGUAUACCAGAGUCCUAUCAACUACUGGCAUUGAACGAGUUUGACAGUACACGCAAGUGUAUGUCUGUGGUGGUCAAGAGGUUAAAUCGAGACGAUUGUCACGAUUCAAAACUGGCUCGAGUUCAAGAUAAUUUAGGGGAUCUGGAACAUACAGAUCUAGAUGGACUGAUUAAUGAGUCUGAGUCCGAAGAGCAAGACAUUCUGGUGUUCUCCAAAGGAGCUGACACUGUGAUGUUCGCGAAUGCUAGCAAAGACCAGGAUAUCAACAAACUGGCGCUACAUGUUCACUACUUUGCUGCAAUGGCUCUACGAACAUUACUACUGGGUUAUCGCACAUUGUCCAUGGCGGAAUAUAUGGAGUGGAAAUCUGAGUUCGAUUUAGCGAAGAAAGCGUUAUCCAACCGAGAGCAAUUAUGUGUGGAAGUGGCAAGGAAAAUUGAGAAAUCGACCAAGUUAUUAGGUGCCACUGGAGUGGAAGAUCUGCUUCAAGACGGAGUGAGAGAAUGUAUUUCGCAAUUAUCUCUAGGUGGUAUCAACAUCUGGAUGCUUACUGGAGACAAGGACGAAACAGCCAUCUCGGUUGCUCAUAUGUGUGGACUAAUUGGUCCAAAGAGCAAAAUUAUCAUCAUCAAGGGGAAAACCAAACAGGAUUGUCUUGAUGAGAUCGCGAAGGCUCGACGCAAGCUGAAGAGAGAAGGCGUGUGGGUCCCUGGAGUGGCAUCUCAGGACAUUUCGUUGGUUAUCAAUGGCGAGGCAUUGGAACUCUUACUGGCUGAUGCGCUCACAUCGAGCAAAAUUAAGUCGCAAAUAUCGUACAUCAACGGUAAUCAAACAUCUCCCAACGCAGAGCCUCAUAGCGCAACGAUCGAUGCAUUACGUAGCGAGCGUGAUACUCGCUUUAGUGGCUCAAUGUCUGCCAAAUCGAUGGGUAAUUUACCAUUCCCUGCGACUCCGAACUCACGGCAUCGCUCAAGUUCGAGACCCGGAUCAACACGCAGCUCCAUUACGGACACCAAUGGCAACGUUCAAUUAGCCCAUGAAUUGUUUCUGGAGCUUGCUUCUCAGUGUAGAACAGUAGUGGCGUGUCGACUGAGUCCAAUGCAGAAGGCGCAAGUGGUGAGCUUAAUGAAGGCAGCACCUGGUACACCGCUAACUCUCGCUGUUGGGGAUGGGGGUAACGACGUUAGUAUGAUUCAAGAGGCUCAUGUGGGUAUCGGUAUCUACGGACACGAAGGAAUGCAGGCUGUACGCGCUGCAGACUUCGCUAUUGCCACAUUCCGUCACCUUUCUCGCCUGUUACUUGUACAUGGACGCUGGAAUCACCGACGGGUGGCGCGGGUUAUUUUGUUCUCUUUCUACAAGAACAUGGCGCUUAUUAUGACGCUGUUCUUGUAUUCUUUCUACAAUGGGUACUCAGGACAAACUCUGUAUGAAUCUUACUUGAUGGUUGGCUGGAAUGUGCUGUACACGGUGCUGCCUAUUUUCGUGCUUGGAAUUACAGAUGAAGACAUUCGAGACAGCGCAGUCCUUCGAUUCCCGUUCGUGUAUCGGAGUUCACUUAGAAAAAGUGAACUGAGCAUCAGAAUCUUGAGUUUCUGGGUCGCGAACGCACUUUUCCAUUCACUAUUGGUAUUUUACUUCGUCAUGAAAACUAUGGGCGGAGUAUCGUCCAAACACAGUCAUACCAAUGGUCUGUUCCCGGACGGUACUGCUGUCUAUGGAGCAUUGAUUAUCACCGUAACACUGAAGGCUUCUCUACACACCCAAUGCUUGUAUCGCUGGACUCGAGCACAUUAUAUCUCUCUGGUUGGUGGGUUUUUGGCCUACAUUUUGUUCGUGGGGGCGUAUUCCCAAGCCUACCGAAUGUUCCCAACUUUCGACGUCUUUCGUGAUUUCCAAGGUCUCGCACACAUUCUCUUCUCCGAGAUGUUGUACUGGGCGAUGCUCUUCUACACGUCCGUCACUUGUCUCUGUGUAGACUUGGCUGUCAUGUACUUGAGGAAAAUGUACUUACCGUCCAGUAACGAUAUCAUUCUCGAGAUUGAUAGCGGCCUUGGGGAUAUCCCAUCUUUACCGGUUCGUAACGCAGAUGGCUCCAUUGACAAUUCUCGUGCAGCCAAGUUAAUCUACAGCUCAUCCGGACGCUCAGAGGAGGGAAGUUAUAGUGGAGCUAGCAGUGCAGUAGGUGGCAGUACGAAGGGAGAGCUCACGCCUUCGCUACUGGAAGGCGAAUGGAGUCAACAAUUCCGAGACUUCGACCUGCCUACAGAACACGACGAGCUCUCCAAGCAGCUUGUUUCUAUUCAACGCGAAUUGGCUCAAGAGAUUGGACACCCAGAUCCAUUAACGCAAGAAGACGACGCUCAUAGCUCUCGAGCUCUGAGGGUUCAGCCUCCUGUUCACCCUCUUACACUUGAGUUCAUGGGUGAGGAACACCAACGUCUUGAGAUGGAGUACGAGAUCACCUUUGCCUUCCGGGAACGCAGUCGUGUCAUGUUGUGUCUCAAGGUGAUGGCGUUUAUGGUCCCUUUGUAUGCAGCCUAUGAAUUGCUAUGGGAACGCGAGUCCUCGUACAUUUACAUUCGCGUGGGCUACUUCGUUUGCGAUGUUUUGUUCAUGCGCUUCGCCCGUACCAAGUACUUCGUCCAAUACUACCAGAUCGCAAUUCUCCUCCCGUACUGCAUGAGCGGUAUGGCUCUAACGUUGACUAUCUCGGACACUGGCAAGUUCGCUGCUGCGUUGUACCCCGUCGUUCUCUUCGUGGUGAUUCGCGUCAAGUUUCUCUACGCCCUGAUGCUCUCGAUCUACAAUUUUGCCUUCUACAUGUUGGCGGACCGACUGAGCUCAAUGAACUACAAUAACAGUGUGGAUCUCACCGAUCUCAUGCUGUUUGCGUUGUACUUGGUCUUCGUUAUCACUUUCGGAGCUUAUGCGUGCUACUCGCUUCAGAUCACCAUGAGACGAGACUUUCUCCAGAGUCGAUCACUACUUAUUGAGCAGAAAAGAUCGACUCAAAUCCUAAAAAAUAUGUUACCGGAGCACGUGGUGCAGCGCAUGCAGAAGGGAGAUACGAACAUCAGCGAAGAUGAACAGGACGUGACGAUUUUGUUCUGCGAUAUCGCCGACUUUGCCUCGUUCGUGAACCGCUUUAGCCCUACCGAAGUCGUGUCUCUGCUUGAUCGCGUGUACUCGCUCUUCGACCAAAUCUGCCAGAAACACGGCGUUCGGAAGAUGGAGACGGUCGGGAAGACGUACAUGGCCUGCGCUGGCUUACAAGGCAAAGAUCACGGUCGAGAGGCGGCGCUUCGAGCUGUGUCGAUGGCGUUAGAUAUGCUGGCGUGUCUUGACAAAUGUCGAGCUUCCAAUGGCAGUGGGAUAAAGCUGCGUAUUGGCGUUCAUUCCGGUCGUGUAGUGAGUGGAUUGGUAGGUAUGAAGAAGCAGCAGUUCUCUUUGUUCGGCGACACCGUCAACACAGCGUCGCGUAUGCAGUCUACAGGAGUGACAGGACGCUGUCAGAUCUCCCAAAUCACGUACAAGAAGCUGGUGGGUCACUUCACCUUUGAAGAGCGACAGAUCGACGUGAAAGGCAAAGGCACCAUGACUACUUAUCUGGUGGGUGAGCCUCUAACCGAGGUGGCUCAGUUGUCGUGUCUAGGUCAACUGGAGUUCAGUAGCAAGCGAGACUCCGUCAUGAUGUCCUCGUCGAUCAUUAACGUCCGUCGCGCGUUUGAGCAGGAUUUCCUCGCUGCAACAAGAAACAAAAUACUGCACUCAGCCAGACAGAGAUGGAAGAAAUACGACCCCAUUCGGAUGCUUCUGGGCACGCCACCCGAUCUCGCGUCGUGGGGAGGUACUGAUACUAGUGAGAGUGUGGAGCAGCACAUGCUGACGGAGAUUCGACUACUGAAUAUGUGCUUUAAGGAUGACGACAUGGAGAACAAGUACCUCGAAAGCACACUAUCCAACCGAGUAGAAGGAGCUCGCACUACGCUUCUCGCUUUGGCAGCAUACGCUUCGUUCACGUGUAUGCGCGAUCUACUGGUCGAGGUUUUCUCGGUUAUCAGCGCAUAUGCCCCACAGAAGGAGAUCUCGGCCACGAUGUACGCGAUUCUGCUGUUUAUCCGAAGUCCUUUUGUCAUUGUGGCCAUCCUGGUAGCACGAAGAGUGAGAGAUGAAUUCGUCUUUUACUCGGAGACUAAACUGCGCAAUGUGCUGCUCGGGUUCUACCUCGUCGGUCUCUUUGUGUUCACACUUACUCAAGCACUGCUAUGGGGACUCAACUACGAAGCAGAUCUCGAUACGUCACCUCGAUAUGUGAAUUUGUGCCUUGACACUGUACUGGCGAUGUUUGUAGUCUCGAACGGCCGGUCCAUUCUGUACCGUCACGUGGUGGUGUUUAACGUGAUAGCGUUAUUCAUGGUGUCCAUAACGACGUUGGUAUCACUGCAGAGGUACCACCAGGACGCAGCCAAGUUCAACUCGAAGUUCAAAACCAGUUAUCCCAUCGUACUCACGUACUUCUCAGUGGUGGCGAAUAUCAUCGCGUCUCAAAGUGUCGAGUUCUUCACACGACGUCAGAUCUGGCUCAAGACGCGUACACAACUGGAGACGAUGAAUGCUGAUCGGCUGUUGUAUCAAAUGCUUCCGGCUGCUGUGGUGAUGCGACUGAAAGAGGGAGAAAUGGUGUGCGAUCAACAUCAACAGGUUGGUAUCCUAUUCUCCGAUAUCAAGGGCUUUACAUCCAUCGCUUCACAAGCUGCCACAGCCCAAGUGGUCAACAUUUUGGCUUCACUCUUCUGCGCCUUCGACAAGCUGACUGAAAAGCACGGAGUGUUCAAAAUGCAGACUAUCGGAGACGCGUACGUGAUCGUAUCAGGACUGCCGUAUGUGGACAUGAGUCUUGGACCUGGGGUGGUAACAAGCUCUGCUAGUACUGCCGAUAUGUCCAUUGCAGACGUGGGGUCGACCAGUACUCCGAGUAUCGCUGGGAUCGCGUCUGGGUUUAUGAGAAUCUCGAGUAACCGCGUGUUGCCGCUGGAACGGAAGACCGAAGUCAUGGAAGGUCAGAAUGGCAGUCCGAGAGGCUCUGGCUCCAAGUUGCGGUCGCAUCUCUUACGAAGAAGUACACUGAAACACAAACACCAAAUGCACUUGCGUAGCCAUAUUCGAGACCUGUUAGCCAUGGCUCGAGAUAUGCACAAAGAAGUUCGUAAAGUGCAGGACCCGAAUACCGGUGAGCGGCUGCAGAUGCGAAUUGGUAUCCAUAUCGGCAACAUUAUUGGUGGUGUGAUUGGCACUACUACACUACGGUACGAUAUGUGGGGCCCUGACGCGCUCACAGCGAAUGAACUCGAGUCGAAUGGCGUCCCUGAGAAGAUUCUAGUGAGUCCCGUUGUACAAGAAGUGGUCAAGGACAUGAUCGACAUCCGCUGUACAUUCCACCGCAAGAUCAACUUCACUAACGUCCCGAUGAUGGAUACAUAUCUCGUCGAGUUCAUCGAACCCGACGGCACUGGUGGUCGAGCAAGUGGCUGCAUUGCUGGUAGCAAUGUUCGGGAAAAUAGUGGGAUUCCACCCGAACAACUCAACCCCGCACCAGGAUACGUAGGCUCCGACGACGACACAACUCGACCUCAAAGCCCACGUGAACACACUACUCCUAACUAG